AUGAAGAAUAACAUAAUGUUUGGAGGAGUUUCAUUUAAUUGUGGCGAUCGUUACAAACUUAUAAAAUUAGUAGGAACAGGAGCUUAUGGUUCAGUAGUGUUAGCAUACGACUUAUAAAACAAAAAUCAUAAAGUAUGACUUCUAUUGUUAUAUUUAAUUAGGUAGCAAUUAAAAAGUUAAAUGUAAUAGAAGAUGCUAUUGAUGCAAAGAGAAUCUUAAGAGAAAUAAAAAUCUAAAGAUCAAUGAAUCAUCAUAAUAUUCUCAAAAUUUAUGAUAUAAUAUAUGAUUAGAAAUCUGAAUUCUUUGGAGACAUUUAUAUUGUUAGUCCAUAUUUUCCAGCAGAUCUACAUAAAAUAAUAAAAAGUAAUUAAGAUUUAUCAGUGGAACAUGUAUAAUUCAUAAUGUAUCAAUUAUGCAAAGGACUUUACUAUUUACAUUCGUCAGGUUCUAUUCAUAGAGAUAUAAAACCAGGAAACAUUUUGGCAAAUGAGAAUUGUGAAGUUUGUUAUUGUGAUUUUGGAUUUGCUAGAAAAAAAGAUGAAAUAUAAGAUUAAAUAGAUGAAAAUAUGACAGAAUAUGUAGUUACUAGACAUUAUAGAGCUCCUGAAAUUAUGUUAUCAAGUUAAUAAUACUCUCAACCUGUUGAUAUAUGGUCAUUAGGAUGUACAUUUGCAGAAUUAAUGACAAGAAAGAUAUUAUUUAAUGCUCCUAAUUAUAUUUAAAUGAUUAAGAUGUUUUUUGAUAUAUUAGGUAGACCAUCAGAUGAAGAACUUAAUUAAUUAGUUACUAAUGAAAAUGCUUUGUCUUUUAUAGAAACUCUACCACAUAAACCAAAAUAACCAGCCUCAAAGAGUGUGCCAUUUCCUGAUGCUAAAGCCAGAGAUUUAUUGGAUUAGAUGUUAGAAAUGAAUCCAAAAAAUAGAAUUACUGCUUAAAAAGUUUACAUUAUCUUACAUAAGUGUUUAGAACAUCCCUUCUUUGAGUCUAUAAGAAAUUAAGCCGAAGAGAUAACAUUUACAGGAAAUCUUGAGUGCGAUUUUGAAAAUGAUGAUGCCAUAACAUUAGAGUAAUUGAAGUAUCUAAUUCUAAUUGAAAUUAAUCACAUUAAAGCCAAAAAUAAGGAAGAAUUGAUUAAUAUAGAAGAAGAAAUGAAAAGAAUUGGAAUCAUUUAAUAAUAUCAUUAAUGA